AUGAACUCUCUUACCGUUCUCGCCUUCUUCGGCCUCGUCGCCAUCGCCUACUCUGGCUACGUCGCCGCCCCGGCGGUAGCCGUCGGCUACGGCCACGGUGGCUAUGGCGGCUACGGCGGCUACGGAGGCUACGGAGGCUACGGCCACGGCGGCUACGGAGGAUACGGUGGAUACGGCGGCUACGGUCACGGAAUCGUCGCCGCUGCUCCAGUCGCGUCUGUCGCUGUCACCAAGACCGUCCACGCCGCUCCUGCUGUCGCUGUCGGCUACGGACACGGGCUCGGCUAUGGAUAUGGCGGAUAUGGCGGCUACGGACACGGCCUUGGCUACGGUCACGGAGUCGGCUACGGUGUCGGUGUCGUCAAGGCUGUCGGUGUCGUCGGCGGCUACGGCCACGGCGGCUAUGGCCAUGGAGGCUAUGGCUAUCACGGUUAA